AUGAAAACACUGUUGGUAGCAUGUUUGGUAUUAACAGUUACAGUUUUUGGAAAGGAAUCCGUCAGUGACAUUUUUUCCUUACUAGAAGAUCCUGAUGUCCUGCAAGAAAUCGUGAAAAGACUGGGGCACAGUGAUCCAGUGAAAGAAUCCGAUACCGAUUCUUCGAUUGAUGACAGCUGUCAACAUAAGAAUUUUUCAAACACAAUCAUCCAAACCAAGGCAUCGACAGCUGCAGGUGCAGCAUUUUUGGAUUCUGUAAAUGGCUUGGUAUCUAAUUAUGACUGUAUCAAACGAUGCUGCGAAUUAGACGGAUGUGAAUUGGCUGUUUAUGAAAAUAAGAACCUUAAGCCUGAUUCCCCUUUUAUUAAAGAUUAUAAAAAUCCUAGAAAAUGGGAGCUUUUAAGUUUUAUGUACCAGGGAGACAGAAAUUGUUAUUUAUUCCGAUGUAAAGACCCAGAUUCUAAUAAAAACUAUUGUGAAUUUGCCAGUCUUGAUGGUUAUAUCUCAUCCAGCAUCACACAUGAUGUCAAAGCAGAGAAAAUCUUUCAAACAUCCAGUAAUUCUGACCAUGAGAAUGAUUUACAAGACCUAUCAGAGAGUGGUAAAUUAGUUAAUGAUCCUGUUUCUACUACAACUACCACUACUGAGAAACCUGAAGAACCUCACUCAGUGGUCUUUCUUCAACUAUACUGGUAUCCAAAAGAGUUUUCUAUUUUGUUAAACAGCACAGAAUUUUCCAAUCCUAUUAAUGCUCUAAAAAUGAGAAUUUUCCAAUCCUAUUAA